AUGAGGCUUCUUUGCGUUGUCGUCGCCGUGGCGUCUUUGUUGACAGGAAAUCUAGCGCUUUCAGUUGGAAAAGAAGGGCAGAGAGAAGAUGUGGUAACACGCUGUCUGGUGGAAGUCCUUUCCAAAGCUCUCUCCAAACCGGACUCCCAGCUGCACCAGGAAUGCAAAGACAUUCUCCAAGCAGGGGUUAAACAUGCCCCGCUGGACAAGAAGACCGCGGAGUGGGUGGCAACUCAUGGAGAGGGGGCCAAAGGUCAGCCCGAGGUGCCCGGGCCACAGGGAGCAGAUGUGAAAGACAUCGAGGAUCUCCUGAAAUCCGUGGAGGACAAAAGAGAAAUCCCAGAGGACGAGCGCAGCCAAGAGUCCUGGAGUCUGGGUGACGGGAAGGAAAAGAGACGCGAGGACGCGGACGAGGCGGAGCGCGAGAAGAGGAACAGCUGGAGGCCCGGAAGGUUCCACCAGAAGAAGCACAAACGGGGAGAAGAGGAGGAGGAGGAGGAGGAGGAGGCGGCGGACAACGAGCGCAGUCAGGAGAGCUGGGGGCUCGAGGACAAGAGAUCAGAAGAUGAAGGAGGCGAGUACAGAGAGAAGAGGGCCAGGAGGCCCGGGAGAUACCGCCAGAGGAAACACAAACGAGACGAGGAGCCUUCAGGCGGAGAGAAGGAAGAGCCGGAGGAAGAGCGCAGCCAAGAGUCCUGGGAUGUGGGCAAAAGGCAAGGGGACGAGGAUGAGGAGGAGAGACAGAAGCGCAUAUGGAAGCCCACGCAUCGCUACCACCACAAGAAGAAGUUCCACAAGCGUGGCGACGAAACUCCAGAGGAGGAAGAUGAUGGCGAACGCAGCCAGGAAUCAUGGGGUCUCGACAAAAGGGAUUGGAGGGCCGGCAGGUUCCACCAGAGGAGACACAAGCGUGACGAAGAGCUCCCAGAAGAAGCCGGGGAAGAGCCCGAUGAAGAACGCAGCCAGGAAUACUGGGACUUCGAUACAGGAAGGGAGAAGAGGGACUGGAGGGCCGGCAGGUUCCACCAGAGGAGACACAAGCGUGAUGAAGAGCUCCCAGAAGAAGCCGGGGAAGAGCCCGAUGAAGAACGCAGUCAGGAAUCUUGGGGUCUCGAUAAGAGGAACUGGAGGGCCGGACGGUUCCACCAGAGGAGACACAAGCGUGACGAAGAUCUCCCAGAAGAAGCCAGAGAAGAGCCCGAUGAAGAACGCAGCCAGGAAUACUGGGACUUCGAUACAGGAAGGGAGAAGAGGGACUGGAGGGCCGGCAGGUUCCACCAGAGGAGACACAAGCGUGAUGAAGAGCUCCCAGAAGAAGCCGGGGAAGAGCCCGAUGAAGAACGCAGUCAGGAAUCUUGGGGUCUCGAUAAGAGGAACUGGAGGGCCGGCAGGUUCCACCAGAGGAGACACAAGCGUGACGAAGAUCUCCCAGAAGAAGCCAGAGAAGAGCCCGAUGAAGAACGCAGCCAAGAGUAUUGGGACUUCAAUACAGGAAGGGAGAAGAGGGACUGGAGGGCCGGCAGGUUCCACCAGAGGAGACACAAGCGUGACGAAGAGCUCUCGGAGGAAGCCAGGGACGAGCCCGACGAAGAACGCAGCCAGGAGGACUGGGGCGUCGACAAACGGAGCGGAAAGGAGGCGGCGGGGAUAGAAAAGCGCAUAUGGAAGCCGACCCAUCGGUACCACCACAAAAAGAAAUUUCACAAGCGCGGCGGAGGCUCAUCGGAAGACGACGAAGAACAGAGGGAGGAGGAUUCAGAGGAGAACGAGGACAAGGACGAAGCAAUGAGGUAUCUGGCCGAGAAGCGCAGUCCCUGGAGCUUCAGAGGUUUCUACCAUCCUGCCUGGUACAAGAGGGACUCAGACGAGCCCGCUGCAACCCCAAACAAGAUGGAUGAACUGGCCAAGCUGCUGAGCUUUAAGAUGAACCAGCUGGCCCAGCGCUCCACCGAAGAGGAGCCCAAGAGGAGCAUGCACCACAGAGCUCUCAGCCAGCAGGAGGAGAAAGCGCUGGAGAACCUGGCGGCGAUGGACACGGAGCUGCAGAAAAUCGCUGCCAAGUUGCAUGACGACGGCGCAUGA